CCAUUUUGACUGUAAUGAACCUUGAAGUAAAAAAAUCAGAGGAAAAGACACCUCAGAAAUUGUGUGAAAGCUCAGUUGAAUGCUCUGUGAAUCCCAUGUUACUGGUCAAGCCACCACACUGAGGCUGGAGUAACAAAAUGGGCGAUAAAAGGAAGCUUCAAGGUGAAAUAGAAAGGUGCUUGAAGAAGGUGACGGAAGGAGUGGAAACCUUUGAGGACAUCUGGCAAAAGGUCCAUAAUGCUACCAACAGUAACCAGAAAGAGAAGUAUGAAGCAGAUCUCAAGAAAGAAAUCAAGAAACUUCAGCGGCUACGAGAUCAAAUCAAAACGUGGGCUGCCUCCAACGAAAUCAAAGACAAGAGGACACUUCUUGAAAACAGGAAACUCAUAGAGAUACAAAUGGAACGGUUCAAGGUGGUGGAACGGGAGACGAAGACCAAGGCGUACUCCAAGGAGGGCCUGGGCCUAGCCACCAAGAUCGACCCGAUACAGAAGGAAAAGGAUGACAUCACCAUGUGGCUGGCACACUGCAUCGAGUCGCUCAAUAUCCAGGUGGACCAGUUUGAGAGUGAGCUAGAGAACAUCCUCUCCAGCUCCAAGAAGAGGAAGGUUCCCUCAGAUAAGCAAGAGAGAGUGGAGGAGCUCCAGAGCUGGCUCGACAAGAACCGGUUCCACAUCAACAAGUUGGAGACACUGAUGAGAAUGUUGGACAACAGCACGAUAGAAGUCGAACAGAUCAAGAAAAUCAAGGACGAUGUGGAGUAUUACAUCGACUCGUCACAAGAACCGGACUUUGAGGAGAAUGAGUUCAUCUACGAUGAUCUUGAUAUCGACGAGGAAUCUUUAAGUAACACUUUGCUCGCUGCGUCACCAGACGACGACGUCAUGACCAAUACCUCCGGGGACACGCCCAUCAGUAGCUCGCCCACGCUACUCCCCAGCCCAAGCUCCAACCAUUCCAAAGACAAGAAUGAGGAGGAUAAGAAGAGACGGACGGACAGCGAGUCCUCGUCAUCGCCAAGGAAAGGGGGCAAAAGUGCAACAUCGUCGUCACAGUCGAAUCGGCCGACCAUUGUCAGAGCGGCGUCAACGCCAAGCACAACACUUGUUAACUCGCUGCCGUCGUCAGGGGUAUCAUCGAUAAACCAGUCAAACACGAACAAGAGCAGUCUCAGUAAAGCCAAUAGUGUACCGGUGCCCUCAACACAACAUGCAAUAGCACAGCCACCAUCAGGGCCUGCCUACGCCGUAGCCGCAGGGGCGCAACACAAUUCCAGCAGCUCACAAGCUUCAGUAGUUUCAACACAGGGGGUGAGACUGGCCCAAGAGCCGCCCCACACGCAGCCAAGCACACAGGUCCAAACCAACAACACGCAGCAGCCAAGACCGAGCCUCAACGGCCCCCACACAGCAGCAUUCAACAUGUCCAGUGUGGAAAACUCCAUCGACCACAUAUCCAAAACUGUUGUCUCCAAGAGCAGUGUCCCAAGCCAGCCCGUUCCAACAGCAGCAGUUGCGCCAACCACCACACCAGCGUCAACAGCACCGACGCCUGCCCAAGUCACACAACAGCAACAGCAGCAGCAAUCACAACAGCAAUCUCAACAACAACAGCAACAACAACAGCAGCAGCAACAACAACAACAACAACAACAGCAGCAGCAGCAACAACAGCAGCAGCAGCAGCAACAGCAGCAGCAACAACAGAAGCCGCUGCAAACACCUGUCCCCGAGCCAGUGGAGAGAGUGCCAACGUCACAGCCUGUACCAGUCAUCGCACCGACCCCAAAGCCAUCGGAACCAGUCAUGACAAAUGGGCCCAUCAGCCCAAAAGCGAAAGAGGUGUCUCAGUGUGACCUAGUCACCACGUCUCACUAUUCCUCAAUGCCCCCACGGCUGUUACCUCCAGCCGGGGUGUCUCAUCAGGAGACGAAUGAUACCACAGAAGGAGAGAAGGAGUUCAAGGAUUACACGGUGGAAAGCAGAGCAAUAUACGAAAGUACUUCUCAGGCGGAAACCAGCUCCCCCCCGAUGCAAGAGGCCAUCAUCCCCCCGUCGCUGGGCGUAGCGCCCCUGGGCCCGGGCAUAAUGACCAAGGACCAGCUGUACCAACAGACCAUGAUGGAAGCGGCAUUUCACCACCUGCCUCACCCCUCUGACUCAGAGAGAUUACGGAACUACCUUCCUCGAAACCAGUGUCCAACACCCCCUUACCACUGUCAGGUCAUGCCCCCUCAGAUGGACUCCUUAGAUUUCUUUCAGAGGUUGUCGACGGAGUCGCUCUUCUUCAUCUUCUACUACCAAGAGGGCACUAAAGCCCAGUACCUUGCUGCAAAAGCGUUGAAGAGGCAAUCGUGGAGAUUCCACACCAAGUACAUGAUGUGGUUCCAAAGGCAUGAAGAACCCAAGACCAUCACAGACGAGUACGAACUGGGAACGUACAUCUACUUUGAUUAUGAGAAGUGGAGCCAGCGGAAGAAGGAAGGAUUCACAUUUGAGUAUCGAUACCUGGAAGACAGGGAUUUAUAGCAGGGAACGAGCCCACGUGCACUCCAGGACAAACGCCCUCAUACAGAAGUGGCCAGUUGGCCAUCACUUGACUAUGUACAGUAAGCGAUCAGAUCUCUGAAUGUAGGUACAUUUUAUCUUGGCAUAAUUUUACAAAAAAAAAUACCAGUUCUUUUUUUUUCUAAGAAAAAAGUAAAUAACAAAAAAGUUUUAAGCAGGAGGUGUUUUUUGCACAAUACCAUUGUAAAAAAAAACGAGAAGAAAUGCUGAGGUCAAUCAUGAUGAUCACACUUGUUCGUGAGUAAAGUGGAUUUCAAGAAAAAAGUUGAUUUUAAAUUAUAUUUGAACCAUAGUUUUUUGGUAAUGUUCUACAUUGUUGCCUUUUGUUUUUUGGCCAGGAGAAAAAAAUUAAGUGAGACCCCGAGAAAUAAGCGAAUUGUCUGUUUUCACUGUCAUCAGAGGUUGUAACUCAGAUUGAAAAUAACACCCUCUCUUGGUUCUAACCUUGAUGCAAUUUCACAGCGGUCGGUUUCUGGUUUCAUUUCAUCUUGGCAGAGUUGCCCAAUGCAGUUUUGAACAUCGGGAAUUCAUUUAUUGUAAAGCAGGGUUGGGCCACAUGAUUCCAAGUUCCUAAUCAUCAGGAAUUCAGAGAAAGGAAGCUGACAGAUAUAUUUGUGCUGGGUAGAGAUUGUUGUUCAGAGACGAUGUGACAUAAAAAAACCCGAAACAAGAAAGGUGUUUUUUUUAAAUUGUGCAUCUCAACCAAAUUGUGGCUGCUAACCUCUGUGAGCUUCAGCCUUUUUUCUACAGGGAGCCUUCUUUCAACAGAACUUUUCCCCACUUUUCGGCUGUGAAUCUGUAUGCCACGUUAAGACAAAACUGUGUGCAAGUCUGCCAUCCGAAAAGGGCCCCAACUAAUGAAAAAGAACUAGUUAUUCAGUGCUGCAAUCAUUCAAUUCUGGAUCAGUAUUCUGCCGUUAUGCCUUUUUGGGGUUACGUUUUUAGAUUGGAGUUCCCAUGUGAUAUAUCUUGUACUGUAAUAUUUCUGUGGUUUGUAAAUUAUUGUCAAUAAUAUUUUGCCCAACGCGUAUUUGUCAAACUGUGUAUAGUCUUUAUAAUUGUUCACUUUUUUUGGUUGAAUACUUUUUAUGACGAAUGUAAUGCUUUCUACAUCAAGUCAGGGGACAGCUGUGCUUUUGUUGAUGUUUAAUUUCUGUCUCUGAAAGAGAGGUCUGAAAUUCGUCUGGGAAUGCCAUUAUUGAAAUAUGCAGCCUACAUGUAAUUUGAUUUUUGUCUGUUGCAGGAGCUUCAUUUCUUUUUUUCUUUUUUUUCCUUUUUUUGCUCUCACUGUGAGAAGGCAAUGGUCCAAAUGGCAAAAGUUGUUCCUGCGUGGCUUCCAUAACUUCCAAAGAGUUUGAUAUUACAUUCCAUAGGUCGGAUGUAUCCAGAUGGGAAUGGUAAAUUUAUCACGGCUCAGGUCUGUUGAACUACACCAGUAAAGCUCCGUCUCACACCAUGUUGAUAUUUAAUGUGUUUCUGGAACUGAGAUGCAGUUUCAUUUCCUUGGGUUCUGCUUUGUUUCCAGUUUGUGGGGGGGGGGAGUUACGUGUACAGAACAGACCAAGUGACCACUCCGGUGGCCAGAGGCCCACAUGAUCUGUAAAUCAGGGAUUGAACCAUUCCACGAAAUCAAGCGUCUAAGGGGCGCCCUCAAUUGCCACUGCACAGAGCUGAUACUAAUCAGUCUCCAUGGAGACCUACAUUAUAAUUGGUGCUAUUUAUUCAUACAAGUGUACAUGUAUUUGGUAUCAGAAAAGCACGGGUUACCUUUUACGAUGUCUGUUUCUUGACCCACCCUGUCAGAUCUAGUUCGCACAGAUCCUUGAAGUAUGACUUGAGCACUGAAAGUAUAAAUGUUACCCAGUCUCUCGAUUUGCAGGGGGGGCCUAAAAUGAGCUCAAGGUUGCCGAGGACCCAUUAUUUGGACAUAAAAGGGGGAGGGAGGGGGGAAUCCAACUCCAAACAUACAGAUGAAGACCCAAUGAUAAGAUCAGGUCAAGUGCUUAAAUACUGCCUUGCAGACCAAAGGUCCUAAUGAUGAUGAGACCUUGGGUGCACGCUGUCUUUGUUAGUACUUUUAAGGUACACUGUCUUUUUUGUACCUCCCCUUGGCAGUGGGGUGAGAUAGCCCUGAAACAAAAGGACCUGUACUAAUUAUUGUGCUGAGUGUUAUGUAUCUUUUUGCUUGUCUUAUGGCAUGAACUGCAUAAGCUCAUAUUCUGUGACCCCAAAAACUAUGACUUUAAUAACGAUGGAGUCUAUCUAAACUACUUAAUGUACAUCGUUUGAACAUCCAGCCAAAACUGUCUGCAGUAAUUAGUAGGAUUUUUUUUUUAUGUGAAAGUUUUCCCAAAGUAAUUAUCAUCCGAUUUUGUUUUGUCUCAUUUGACUUCAACUGUUUGAAGCUCUACUUUAACUUUCAGUCCUGAAGGGAUCAUCAUUCCUUUUUUUAAAGGUUGGCAGCUAGAUAGUCACUAAGGUUAAGAGUACCCACAGAUUGGUUUGUCUUCGCCGGUAUUUGUUUGUUGCGUGCCGGUGUCUUUGAAUGAUUGCAGCACUCCGAACUACAUGUAAUACGAUUUACAGUGAGCGUCCUCCAAAAGGGUCAUUAUCCCAAAGAUAUGCUGGGACCAAUUCUCACAUUGUAUUGUCAGGAUAUGUGAACAAAGUUUGUCCAAGGUUACAUCGUCUUGUUUGCACGUUCUGUCCUAGCAGAUAAUUGAUAAGUUUUGCCUGAGUUUGACAUAUUCUCCUUCGUUUUGGUCGUUUGGUGCGGACACGCACUGGAAAGUAAUGUGGAUUUCUUACUAGGAUCAGUUCAACCUCAGAAAUUGCCCACCAUGAAUCCAGUGCAAGAUUGUUCGUCAACUUAAAUGUUUAAAACCGCAGAGUUUGAGAUGUGCAGAAUUUCUGACGGGCACGUUACAGCACACAAAAUCUUAUUCACACUGUGCGAACAUUACAGUGUGAAAUAGAAAGAAAUUAGGCCACAAAAAUGUUGCAAUUCUCGUUACUGAUUCCAGUGUCUUAAAGGACAAGAAACAGUCUCUUUUCCUAAAGAUUUAUCUGUUGACGAUGAUGUACAGCAUGUCUGCUAAAUUUUAAAGAAACUUGCCACCUGUUAAAAAAUUCUGCGCGGUUAGCUCACUGUCUACCGAUUGAACUCUGAACACAUUAGUCACUCGAAACUCAUCAGAUGCCACCAGAGGUCCGGAAAGACAAUUGACCCAAUUAAUCUGUGAUGGAAAAAUUAGUCUGCAUGCAGAUUCAGACAACAGACUUUUCCAAAUUGCCGUAACAAAAAAGGUGUGAAGCCGGGAUCUUAAGGGAGAAGAUGCCAAUUUUGUUUGAUUUUGAGAAGUGCCUGGAAUCCAGACAACUCGCUGGCUUUGCUUUAUUAAGCACGAGGUUAAACUGUGUGAUUUCUUUAUAGAGGCUGCUUGAAAUGUAACACGGAAAAAGUACUUGUACCUCGUGUCAUCUGUUGCCGUGAUGCUCUAUCUCUGCUCCUCUGAGGAAGGAGUCAGAAAAUGGUUGCAAAUUCAGUUGCUUUGUCUCAGUUUUUAUAUAAAAGUUGUCUGAGUUAAACCUUCAAACUUGUAACCAUUAGCUAUGCCCUUUCAGCCUUCAACUGUUGUCGGGCCGAAAUAAGAUAGUUCCAGGCAGACAACUACGCAUCAUUAUUCCAAAUUUGUAAUGUUUAAUAUCUGUGCUGUUCGGUUAUCUCUGUGCAAACCUUGCUAUCUCGACUGGAUUUAAGCAUUGUUCGAAUUUUGCAACAAGGUUUUGCAGGCAUUCAUGCAGACGGCCAUUGUCUGCGUGUGAUUGCCUUAAAGAUAUCUAUUGUUAAAUGCAACAGAGUUGGAGCAUCAAAUCAAAGGUUGAGGUUGGUUGGAGGUGCUGUCGUCGUGAUUGGUUUAAGAAAAUUUCAACUGGUCGUCAUUUCAUUGAUACUAGCAGAUACUGAUCCUGCUAGAAGAUUUACUCAUAAACAAGGAGUGAGCGGUUACAGUUUAGAACCUGUGUAUCGAUCACUUUUUUCCUGUCUUCUUCCAUGUUUCCCCGGGCCAUAUUCCCGAUUAAAACACCCAAGUUCAACAAACGUUUGCUUGACCGGCGCUUCGUAUUGAACGCCAGCACACGACGGGUGAAACUAGUCUCAAGUCUUAGCCGUUAGCAGCUUAUCAACUUAAAAUGGAUUCAGUUUGGCUCUGGCUAGAGCUCGGGUCUGGCACCCAGACGGUGCUUUAUCUCAUAGAAUGAGGCAUUGCAUCGGGGCAGCUAUCUACCUGGAGUCAAAGGCUGAGCUGCUUCAUUCAGAAAGGUCUUAGGUUAAAUACAAAGAAUCUGAGUGCAUUCAGUGGUGCAAAAGGGUUUUUAAAAUGCAUCUCUGACUGCCAAUUUUGUUUUCUUUUGGUUUAUACUGGUAUCUUGUGCAAAUGGAGGACUGUUGGUUCCCCAGUGGAUAAUAAAAACAGUCACUGAUAUUCGCAAAAGUC